AUGGCACCAAUGAGUGGAUUUCGCAGCAGGCGACCGGUCCGCUACCCCACCACAGGCCUCUUCAGCGUGCAAGAACACCCAGAGCAUUUGCGCCCCCUCCAAACCUCCAGCCUCCAGCAAAGGAAGGUUCCAGUUGGCCAAGGGGAAGAGCUGACGACGUCUCCGUCCGAUGUCAAUGCCCCCAAGCAUCCGACCUCAAUGUACCUCUACAGCCAAUACACUCGCCACCUGACCUCUUCUGUCCCUUUGUCACUGAUGAAGAUCAUCGUCUCGCCGAACCUCUACCCACCCGUGUCACCAAGUUUUCUCCCAGUUUUAACCGUUUUGGCGGGGUUAGCCUUAUACGACUGCUCCCCCACCGCCGACCUCCUGCUCGGGCCGCAGCCCACCGUUGGCGGUUUGUCCUCUUCUUGUUCUCGCUCCUUCGGAGGAUUCCAUCACGAAUCCCUCUCCCGCCUCCUCCCAACAACACCUCUGGCCGCCGCACUCAGUUUAGACUGA